AUGCUCUCCCAGGGUCCGGCAUUCACCAAAUUUUCAACCACAAGCAUAGUGAUCCUAUCAUGUCUCUUUUUCAUCCUCUAUUUCCACCCCAUGAGGCUAGAAACACCAGAAACCCACUCCGCAUAUGAUCCAUCAAGAGAGGGCCUUCAAUUAGCAUCGCCGCUGAUCCCAGAAAAGAUCUGGUACAAAGUUGGACCUAAAGGGUUAAACGACCAGUCACACGAAUGGAUGGACGAUUGUCUCCACAAAAACCCAGCUCAUAGCGCGCGGAUCAUGACAGACCUCACGGGCGACCAGUUCGUCUCACAGAAGUUCGACUAUCGUCCCGAUAUCGUCGAAGCCUACCUUGCUCUCACGGUGCCGAUUCUGAAAGCGGAUUUUCUACGCUAUCUGCUUCUUUUCGCCGAAGGCGGCAUCUGGUCUGAUCUUGAUGUCUCGUGUGGCGAUGUACCCAUUAGAGAAUGGAUCCCCGAGACAAUGCGGGCUAAAGCUGGUCUCGUUGUUGGGUGGGAGUUUGAUGUGGGCUGGGGGGAUAGUUUCAUCCGACAGUUUGAAAGUUGGAUGAUUAUGGCGGCGCCGGGGUCGCCCCAUAUGUUGAUGGUUAUUGAUGAUAUUAUGCAUGCGAUUCAUCAGAAGACGGAGGAGUACGGGGUUCCGGUUUCCGAGCUGACUUUGGAUAUGACGGGGGAUGUGAUCGAUUUUACGGGGCCGAGGCGGCUGACUCGUGGGAUUUUGAAGAGCUUGGAAUUGGCUCGCAAUGAGGUGGUCGAUAUGGCGAGUAUCUCGAACCUCUUAGAGCCCGUUUUAAUCGAGGAUGUUUUGAUUUUGCCGGGGUAUUCGUUUGCUGCGACAUCGAAUAACUACGGGAAUGAGACGACUGGUCCUUCAUUAGUUCAGCAUCAUUAUGCCGGCAGUUGGAAGAAUCAUAAUGGUGGUGAGAUGUGA